CUGUCCCUCCGCUGGACGGUCCGCGGCCGCUGCGCCACGUAAGGACCCGAGCCGCGGGGCCGGAGCAGCGCGCCAUGGCCGACUGGGCUCGCGCCCAGAGUCCCAGCGCCGUGGAGGACAUCCUGGACCUCGACAACAAACGCAUGGCCGACAACCUGGCCUCCAAGGUCACCAGGCUCAAGUCGCUGGCCCUGGACAUCGACAGGGAUGCGGAAGACCAGAAUCGGUACCUGGACGGCAUGGACUCAGAGUUGGCCAGCGUUACCAGCCUGCUCACUGGGAGUGUGAAGCGCUUCUCCUCUGUGGCCCGGUCAGGGCGGGACAACCGGAAGCUGCUGUGUGGAAUGGCUGUGGGCCUGAUGGUGGCCUUCUUCAUCCUCUCCUACCUCUUGUCGAGGGCAAGGACGUGAGCGGGAGGGGCCACAAGGGGCCAGUGUUGUCCCCGGCCCUGGGCACACGCUUCAGAGUCACCGUUGUGGGUCCCAAUCUCGUCCUGGGUGACUGCUGCCCUGCUGCUUUUGUCUGUGUGGACUGGACCACUUCUCUACGGGAAGACCAAGGUUAACCCCACCCUGCCCUGGACUUAGUCAGAGAAAGGGGUGAGGGUGGAGCCCGUGGGUUCUGAUGGUUGAAGGCGUCUGUCCUCGGCUCCCCUGGGUGACACCACAGCCUGUGGGGGACGCAGCCAGGGCCCAGGGCUGGGGGCUGGGAGCCCCUCAGGGACGUGGCCAGGGCACGGGGGCAGAUGUAUUAGCCAAAGAACAGACCUUGCAGUGGGCUGGCUGGGCCUUGUGGAGUCAGGAGGUGGGGGAGGGAGGCCCUUGGAAGGACCUGCUGCCGCAGAGCUGCUGGACACUGUGAUAGGUUUGCCGCAUUCCCCCACUCUGAGCCUCUAGCACUUCACCCUGGCCUGGGCUACCAUCCUGUCUCAUUUUUUAAAAG